AUGUCUUCUGAAGAUAAGAAUCUCACUAUCCUCUCUAGUAAAUCAGACUGGGAGAAAUGGCUACGACCAAUUAGGAGCAAGGCUCGUGGAACUGAAGUCUGGGAUUACAUUAAUCCGGACCUCAUAAUGCCUGCGAAUGGAGCAGCACGCGCAUCUAAAGAAGAGCUCGCUGCCGGGGGCAAAACUUAUAGCAGGAGGCUUAUCAAGCCGGAAGUACCACAAAAACGUGCUGACAAAUCAGAAGUGGAGAUAGCGUUUAGGCACGAGACGUACAAGCAAGAUAUGGAUGACUAUGAUAAGAUUAACCGUGCGAAUCUUGCAGCAAUUCGAGAACAUAUUUUCCGAACGAUCGACCAAUCAGCGAAUCUCCUUAUCGAAGACAAAGCAAGCGUACACGAUAUCCUAUCCGAACUCCAAAAGCGUUAUAAACCUGACACUAGUCGAGAGCAUUUUGAUAUCUAG